AUGUUGGCAGGAAGAAAAGCUGCAUUGCAAGAGGCUUUGAGGAAGAAACGUGAAUGUGAGGCAAAAGCCCUUCGUGUUGUUGAACAACUGCUUGAAAUAAAUGUCACAGAAGAACUUCUGUUGGAUUGUAUACAGUUUAUUACUGUAGUCCAUUAUAAGGAUAUUGUGGAAGAGCGUUCCAUAAUUAAACAGUGUGGCUAUCCUAUUUGUCAAAAUAAACUUGAGAAUGUACCUAAACAGCAAUAUAAAAUAUCUACCCACACUAAUCGAGUUUAUGACAUUACUGAAAGAAAGUGUUUUUGCAGCAAUUUUUGUUACAAAGCUUCCAAAUAUUUAGAAGCUCAGGUUCCAAAGAGCCCAUUAUGGUCACGGGAUCAAGGAAGAUCUUCAGUAUGCUGGUUGUUAAAGGAACAAAGAGGUAGCGCUGGUGAAGAAGUGCACCUUCAAAGUUCAAGCAUCCAUGUGUCAGAUAUUGAUAAUCCUCUCUUUUUGGAAGAUCAGGAUGUGUCUGCCUCCUCAAGUGAAAGCAAUAGCAGUGAUGACUCUGACCAAGAGUUUGUUUCCAACAUAAUUUUGGGAAAAAAGUGUAGUUUAAAAGCUUCAACACAGAAACCGCUCAAAAAAAAGCAACCAGAUACAAAACCUAAGAAAAUAGUACCGGUGCCAAAACAUUCAGAAAUGGAUUAUAAAGUAGACAAUGUUGUACAAAAGUUGAAGAAAUGCCAUGUUAAGAAUACUGAGACAUCAAGUUCUAGGCCAUCCCGAAGUGGAAAAAGUGAACAAUCAAUCUUUGUGCCAGAAGAAAAGUGCUCCCUAACAUCAGAGCAAAACUUGACUCUGAUGACAACAUUGAAAGAAAAUGAAAACAUUGUUGGAAUUAAAAACUUUACAACGCAGUGCUUAAGCAAGAAGGGUGCUGCAUCACUGAAGAUGCUGGUAGCAAAAUCAAAACUGUUGAGCCAUUCUAGUUCAGGUGUUGACCUGUCAGGUAAAAAUAAUGUGCUAGGAUUGCUAAGACAAACACUAAAUGAAUGGAGGACAGAAGAAACAUCAAGAUUUCUUUAUGGUUCCAAUUCGAAGUACACAAAACAGUCACCAAAAUGGCCAAGUCUAACAUCUUGUGUAACUGAGCAAGAAGAACUUGAUGAAGAUGACUUGGACAGUCUGGAAGUGGUUGAAAUUACCAACCCUAAUGAAAAUGCUGGAGACAAUGACUUGACCAAAGGUGUACAAGUUGGAAGGUCAGAAACCACUGCAAGACCAUUACCAAAUUUUGAACAACUAAAACAGGAAUCUGAAUUUCUUCAUCUGAAGGUCAGAGAGUUUUAUAAGGGGCAGUAUGUGUUGCCUGACGACAUUGAACGUAAUUGUGAUGAAAAUUAUCAAUCUGUAAAUUAUGCGCAGGGAAAUGAAGGGGAGGAUCCAGUUCUUCCAUUGUUGGAUUUUGCUGCACAGCAACAGAUCCGCAAACAGAUUGUGCUGGAUAGACUUCACAAAGUUUUACCGGAGUUAUUGGGAUCACUACAACUUGGCAUGUCUGAUGUAUCCUGCGAACUAAAUUCUCUUGUAAAAACAUUCAGGCUAACUAAUACAAACAUCAUUCACAAAAUUCCAGAAUGGACUUUAAUUGCAGUUGUGCUGCUUUCAGUCAGAGAGAAGACUUUCCUAAGAAGACGGGACACGGUUAUGGCUCUUUUCUGUAGAAAAGUGGGGUGUAAUGUGAUAGCCUGUUAAAACCAUGUCCUUUCC